CGCCACUGAGCAGGAGAGAGAGAGAGAGAGAGAGGCAGAGACAGAGAGGGAGGUUGUGCUGUGUGAAAAAACUGAUGUAUCAUCUACUGUCUAUUCCAUCUGCUUUCACUUUUCACUUUCUCUCUCUCUGAGACUUCAUAUACUAACACAGAGGAAAAGAUUAACAACAACAAGAAGAAGAAGCCUCUUCUUCCUCUCCCCCCCCCCCCCCCCCCCUCUCUCCCCUUUUCUUCUCAGAUAUUUCUUCAGAGUUUCGGGUUGAAAUGUGGAGCUAUUUUGCUAAAUGAGGAUUAUUGAAUUUUGCAAGCAGUGAUAGGUUCUGAAGUUCUCCAAAGUUCUGUUUUUUCACCCUUUACCAUACAAAAAUCAGAAGCUUUGAUUUGUUAGAAUUGGAGAUAAAUUAGUGGUUUCAAAAUGAAUGGGAACAGACAAAUGGAGGUGCAUUAUAUAAACACCGGCUUUCCUUACACCACCACUGAAAGCUUUAUGGAUUUCUUUGAAGGACUAACACAUGCUCCUGUAAAUUAUGCUCACACUGGACCAAUGCAUGAUCAGGACAGUGCAUACUGGCCAAUGAACAUGAAUGCAUACAAAUUUGGAUUUUCUGGUCCUGGGAGUACUUCUUACUACAGCCCAUACGAGGUAAAUGAUAAUUUACCCAUCAUGGAUAUCAGCAGGACAGCUUGGGAAUACCCUUCUGUAGUGAACGCUGAAGAACCCACAACCACAGACACUCAGUUUGAAGGAGAUGAGGACAUGGGAGUACACGCCAUGCACGAAGAAAGAAGCAUUUCUAAUCAGCCAAGCGCCAACAGUCCCCAGGCUGUUUGGCAAGAUGAUGUCGAUCCAGAUAACAUGACGUAUGAGGAAUUGCUCGACCUAGGUGAUACUGUUGGAACGCAAAGUAAAGGUCUUUCUCCGGAACUAAUCAGGUUGCUUCCAACCUCAAAAUGCAAGUUCGGAAGCUUCUUCUCAAGAAAAAAAUCUGGGGAAAGAUGUGUAAUUUGCCAGAUGAAAUACAAAAGAGGGGAUAAGCAGACAAAACUUAUGUGCAAACAUGUUUACCAUUCCGAAUGUAUCGCUAAAUGGCUUGGCAUCAAUAAGGUAUGCCCUGUUUGCAACAAUGAGGUGCUUGGAGAGCAUUCAAGGAACUAACAGAUCCAGACCAAAAGAAAUUCACUGCUCUUUCCUCUCCUCCCUUUUCUUUCUCUUUUUUAUAUGGGUGGUUUGGUUUCGUUUUCUUUUUCUUUUUGUACACGUAGGUUUAGUCAAGGACUCAGGCAAUCCCCUCAUUCUCCGUGGAAGUUUUGUUUACUAAAGAAACCGCAUCAUCCGAGCUUCUAUAGCAAGAUAACUUGAAUUUUAACUUGCGUCCUGUUGCUGAAGUUUGAAUGUGUAUAUCUGUGAUCUUUGCUCC